UCCAUCAAAAAGGUCCCUCCGUUAACGGGCUCCGUUAGCCAUGCUGACAUGUCGCCUGGCAUGCUGUGCUGUCCUGUACGCGUGGCAAGAAGGAAGCCACGUGUUCAGGGACGAAUUUGAUUGAUUUGGAAAAAGUUCACUUUUCAUUUUUCAAUUUAAUUUUUUCGUGCUUUUCCCAUUUUGCCCCUGCAUUACAUAUUCCUUCUUCUUCACAUUUUACUUAGAAACAUCAAAAACAUCCUUGACUCUUCUCCUUCCCGCUAAAACGUUCUCCAUUGUCACCCCUCCAAAAUCAUCAUCAUCUCCAUCGAUUCUGGCGUGUUUGAAGUUCCUGUGUUCGACCGUGAUCAAAGGAUGGAAGAGCAUAUAACACUAAUACUGCAUCAUGGUGGUGAUUUAGUGCGAAAUGAGAAUCGGAGGCUGCAAUAUGUUGGCGGUGAAUUCUGUGUAUGGGAAAAGAUAUAUGUUGAUGAGUUGUGUUUGUGGGACAUUGAGAAGAUGGUGAAACAUUGCAAAAGCUACUUCAAGGUAUCUAAACUAGGGUACAUGAAGCCGUAUGAGGGUGUUGCAAAUGAUCUGAACAUCUGCUUGACUCCAUUGACAACUGAUCAACAUAUUUUGGAUAUUUUGGAUGGUAAUGAGGAACCUGUUUGUGGGAGUCAGAUGAAGAAGACAUACAAUGACACUCAAUGUGGGAGGUGUGGAUUGCUUGGUCAUAAUGCAAGAAGUUGUAUGAUGCAAGGUGUUAGUAGGAGACCAAAGGAAAAUCCUGGCAAUGUAGAUGCUGUGGAUGAAAAUGCUGGCAAUGUAGAUGUUGUGGAUGAAAAUGCUGGCAAUGUAGAUGCUGUGGACGAAAAUGCUGGGAAUACUCCUAAUGAAGUGCUAGAAAAUGCUCCUAACUUUGUGCCUGGAAAUGCUCCUAAUGAAGUGCCAGAAAAUGUUGUGCCAACAAUUGAUCCUAAUGAAGUGCCUGCAAAUGUUGUGCCAGAAAAUGCUCCUUACUUUGUGCAACAUAAUGUUGUUGCACAUGCUGGACAGAGUCUUGCACCAAGGAGGUAUGGCCUUAGAGGACCAGUUCCUUCAGCUAAUAGGCCAAAGAAUACACCAACGAGGGGUCCUGCACCAGCUCAUCCAACUCCUGCUGGCAUGAUUAGGGUUCCAUAUCCAACCUAUGGUCCACCCGGUUCGACUCAACCUCAAUUCAUGGAGUUUAUACCAACUCCCGGAUUUUCCAAGAAGUGAUGCUUCCUGAAGUUUAAUAGAUGUUUUGAAUUUGUAAUAUGUAGGCUUAUUUGAAUUAUGCCCCAUAGUUGGUUUUUUUUUUUUUGCUUAACUUGCCAUUUAAGUCUUAUGACUUGUUAAUGCCCCAAAAUUGGGUUGCUUUUGCUUAUGUAAUUUCUCAGAAUUAUGACUUAUUACCUAUGACUUUUGCCUAUGUAAUAUCAC